AUGCAAGCCAUGAUUCAGCAAUUGGAGAAAUACCGUUCUACUACAGAGAUGCUAUGCAACGACAAUGAUUAUCGUGGAAGUAACAAACAUCUACAAAUCAAGUUGGUUGUGUAUUUGAGUUAUUCAAUGAACAAUUUCAAUGACGUGAAGGACUCGUUUAUGAAUAUUGAUAAGAUUAGUAAAUGGUUUUCAAAUGGUGGCAUGAACUCUGUUAGUGUUGAUUUGCAGUUGUUGAAAAGUGAACCGACAGCAGCAGAUGCGGAAUCCAGUGGUGGAGAAAACUCGACUACAAACUCGAGGUCUUCAUCCUCACCUUCAUCUUUGUCAUUAUCCUUAAUAACUUCAAUAACUUUAUCAACAUCAUCAACAUCAUCAUCUUCUUCUUCUUCUUCCCCGUCUUCAACAACUACAUCUGAUACGAGAAAUACAAAUAUAAGUCGAGUGACUUUAGCCCCAGUGGCUGUUACGAGAGCACCCACAACCACCACCACUAGUAGCACUAGCCAAUCAUCUUCAAACAAAUCUGCUACUGAAACAUCACUGUUUUCACCACAGACCGAUGAAGACUUGCAAGACUCCAAUCUUUUCAAGCUAGUGUUUACCAUGGGCACAGACGACUCCUACUAUAAUGCUCGUUUCCAAUUUGGUCAAAUAAAUGAACAGAACCAGGAGGAUGAUGAUGAUAACGAUGAUAAAGAUAAUGAUAAAGGCAAUACUAGUGACACUGCUUCCUUGCAAAAAAUGGGUCUUAGACUAGACUUGUUGCAGCCUGAAAUAUGGCUAAUGAACAAGAAUGAUUUUGUUCCUUGCUCAUCCUUGUACUCAUUUAUCAGCAGCGAAGAAGCACAGUACCAAACAGAUGCUUCUCUUCCAGCCUCUCUCACCACCCAGAGUGAAUUCACAAUGAACUGUGCCAAAAGAGGCACGUAUAGCUCAACCUCACUAGACGCAAUGCCACUGGCUAGAGGUGGUGAUGCCUCUGUAUACAAUGGUAAACCUUAUAUGAUCCCUUACUUGAACCAAAUACGAGCAAGUGGCGAAUACAUCACCGACGAGAUGAGUUUCAACAUCACCAAUGGGAUGCAAUACCUGAUGGGAAACAUGACAGUACUAUUGGCCAAUGAAACAAACAUGUAUGUGGGUGGGUUAGGGCUCGCGCUACACCCCCAUGGACUGGGGUUUCUUCCGCAACUAGUUCAACAAGGAAUUAUAAAAUCACCCGGCUAUUCACUCUGGUUCAACAAUUACAGUACUGUAGAGAAUACUUUUGCUCAGCUUAUCCCUGGAGUAGUGGACACAAAAUACUACAUUGGUGACUUGUAUCAGUUUGAUAUGUUACCACACCUGGGGCAAAGAUAUGCAGAGAAUCCACAAGUCGAUGCAGAUUUGGCAGCACUCACACUACCAGUGAUCAACCUCGAUGACAUACGCGUAGAGCGACUAGACUUGGAUGAAUCUUUGAGCAUUAAAUCGGAUGAUGAAGCUUUACCCGUGGUGCUAGACUCGCGUAUCAUUUACUCCUACUUACCGCUCGACGUAAUAGUGAACCUCGCAGUUCAAGCCAACGCCUACUAUUCUCCCGAGGCGGGUCGAUGGCUUGUUGAAUGCGAUCAGCUCACCAAUGGCAACGCCACCAUUGUUUUCCAAAUGGGCGCGAACCUUUCAAUCCACAUCCCCAUUCGUGAGUUUAUGGCGGAUGCAAUAUAUCAGGACAAAUUACUCAAGUUUGAAAGUGGUGCUAGCGCUUGCUACUUGACCGUAUUAUCGAGCCAAGACUCUGGCUUCAAUGCAUUGGGCUUACCAUUUCUACGCCAUAUAUACCUUGUGGUGGAUAAUGAGGGUAAAACCAUAGCAAUGGCAGAAACAAACAAGUUUUUGGACGUUGAACUUGACGACUUGAUGCAUGAUGAUGAAAACUAUGAAGCAUUCAACUCAUCCUUGGUACUUGACCCAAUAAUCACACCAUCCGAUACUAGUUCCACAUCUAUGGUCUCCUCUAGCAGAUUGUCUUCCUCUUCUUUAUCAUCAUCAUCAUCAUCAUCAUCACGAUCUUCAUCUUCCUCAUCGUCAAUAGCAUACAUCAUUUCUGGAACCAUCCCAUUUGCAACUCCAAGCACAUACAUGCACCCCAAUGGAACAUUCACAUACUCUGAAGUCAGGACCAACGCAUCCUAUGAGACUGUGAUCUUGGAUAUCCCAGCCAGAUUAAGUGGCGCUGUGAUUAGUGAAGGAUCCAUUUACGUUACUGGCUAUACCGCUGGGUCGAUUUCAGUAACCACACAGCAAACCCUGUUGACCAUGACAAAGUUGAGCGGGGCAAAUAAGAUUGCAAAUACAGUUGAGAGAAUGAGGCUGAUAACCCGACCGGAUCUUGGCGGAAUGAUGACAGCCGUGUUGGCAGUGCUAAUGCUUGGAUUCAUUUUAGUCCUUUGA